CCUUCAGCAAUUGGUGUAGCAUGCCUGUCAUUGCUCCCUCUUGCUUCCGCUUUCUACCCAUACACACCUGUAUACACUGACACCCCAACUCCUCGGGGUCGCUCACUUCGCCUUGAUUCACGAAUCGAUUCUCAAGAUGGCUCCUUCUCCCUCCCAAUACACCGCACACCCCUCAGGCGGACGAACACGUACAACAUAAUCAACAACAACACCCCAAAGCAAUCUGAUAGCGUAGCAGUGGAUCAAGAUGGGACAGACUUCUCUUAUAUGGUAGCUGUCACUUUUGGGACAAGCUCGGAGGAGUACCAUCUACUGGUAGAUGCAGCAUCUUCGAAUACUUGGGUAAUGAGUAGCGAGUGUGAGACAGAUGCUUGCAAAACGCAUAGCACAUUUGGGAAAGAAGACUCAACAUCUUUGACUGUGUCAGAUCAAACAUUCAGCAUAACAUACGGCACCGGCCAGGUCAACGGCACUGUAGCAACUGAUGACGUCCACGUUGGAGAUCUCAGCGCUUCUCUCACCUUCGGCCUGGGUAUCGGAGUUUCAAGCGAUUUCACGUCCUACCCUAUGGAUGGCAUUCUUGGCCUCGGACGAGGCGACUCAACUUCCAACGCAAUCGAAGCGCCCUCACUCAUGGACCUUCUGAGUACGAAAUCGCUGAUCAAGGCCAAGUUAUUUGGUCUGCACCUUUCCCGGACAUCAGAUGGUGACAAUGACGGCGAACUAAACUUUGGUGCGCCUGAUACCGAACGCUAUAGCGGCGACCUCAACUACAUGUCCGUGAUUGAAAACGAGGAUGGAUUCUGGGAGAUUCCGUUAGACGAUGCUGGCGUGGAUGACAAGACCCUUGGGUCGAAAGGCCGGUCUGCAAUAAUUGACUCUGGCACAUCCUGGCUCAUGAUGCCCGAGGGCGACGCAGUAGCUCUCCAUAAACUCAUCCCUGGGUACACGCAGAGCGGGGAGACUUUUACGGUACCAUGCACGUCGAAACAGGCGGUGCAGCUCACGUUUGGAGGCGUGGUUUACAAUGUCUCCACGGCCGAUUACAUUGGGGGUAAGCUGAGCAAUGGGGCUUGUUCAAGCAAAAUCAUUGGACGGCAGACCUUCGGCCCCCACCAGUGGCUAGUUGGGGAUGUUUUCCUCAAGAAUGUCUACACUGUCUUCGAUCUCGACGAUUCCAGAGUCGGCUUUGGUGUCAAGUCGGAAGAAGCAGUAGCAAGCAGCACCGUUUCCUCGUCAGCCUCCGCAACUGGAUCGCCUACAGCAUCAGGUACGCCAUCCAAUGCUCCCACGUCCACUGUCGAGGAAUUCUCCGGUGCCUCAGCGACCCCUACUUCCCUCAAGACAUGUACUGCAGGCUCAACGUCAUUCUCAAACUCGGGCUCCGCUAAACUCGCCCCUACAGGCACAACUUUGUUGACUGAGGCUUCUACCCCAACUGGCACUGCUGUAGUGACUGCAGAAUCUCAGCAAUCCCCGAGCGCAACCGCUUCGCCGACGAACAAAGGAGCAGCCGUUCGAAG